CUUCUCACCAAGUGUAGUGUGUGGGGGGAAUAUUGGAUUCCUGCCUUUAGACUCUGUAUAGUCAUUGUCUGAUAAUAUUAGACCAUUUCCCUAGCACCCCCCAGCAAAUAAGGCUGUGGCUGCUGCCUGAUUGGUAUAUCAUCUCACUUUCCCUGAGCAUUGAUUUUUCUUGCUCUCCUUUUAUUUGCUUCAUAAAAAAACCCAGGGACACGGAGCUACUGCUGGCUACUGAGGAGCUUUUUGGGUGCCUUUAUUUUUAGCAUGAACCAUCCUUUGUCUUCUUUCAGAUGAGGGAAGUUGGAUUAUAAAACCUUUUGUAAAUGUGUAUGGUGAUAUUUGCUCCGGACUAAGCUGCCAUGAUCUGCUGGGAACACAAGAGUCUACUUUGGUCACAUCUUUGGACAGAAAAAACAUCUCUGCCAAUCACAGCUGGGAGAAACAAAUGACAAAGCUUUUUGCAAUCUUUGCAUUUGCAACAUGUGGUGGCUAUUCUGGCGGACUGCGGCUCAGCGUGGACUGUGCAAACAAGACACAGAGCGACCUCAGCAUUGAUAUAGCCUUUGCUUAUCCAUUCAGGUUGUACCAGGUGAAUUUUGAUGCUCCCACCUGUGAAGGAAAACGAGAAAAGCUUUCACUAAUAGGCGACUUUUCUUCUUCUGCGGAAUUCUUUGUCACUAUCGCAGUCUUUGCCUUCCUCUACUCCUUGGCAGCCACAGUGGUUUACAUUUUCUUCCAGAACAAAUACCGUGAAAACAACAGGGGACCUUUGAUUGACUUUAUUGUGACAGUGGUGUUUUCAUUCUUGUGGCUUGUGGGUUCCUCUGCUUGGGCGAAAGGACUCUCUGAUGUGAAGGUUGCUACUGACCCAGAUGAAGUGCUGUUACUGAUGUCAGCUUGCAAGCAGCAGUCCAAUAAGUGCUUUCCUGUGCGCAGCCCUGUUAUGUCAAGUUUGAAUACUUCAGUUGUCUUUGGAUUCUUGAACUUUAUUCUCUGGGCAGGAAAUAUUUGGUUUGUUUUUAAGGAGACCGGCUGGCAUUCUUCAGGCACAAGAUACCCUCCAGACACCAUGGAAAAACAGUCUGGCAGCUAUAACCAAGGUGGCUACAAUCAAGACAGUUAUGGUCCAAGUGGGGGCUAUAGCCAACAGGGAGGCAGCUUUGGUCAGCAAACCACGUAUGGCCAAGUGGAUGAAUUUGGUCAGCAGCAACAGAGUGGUCCAACUUCAUUUGCUAAUCAGAUUUAGCAUUUGCAGAGUUCUUAAGCUGAGUGUUGUAUGUGGAAAGUUCAAACACAGUGGCAGGAAGCAGAUUUCUGAAGUUUUUGAAUAAAUGUGUCAGAAUUUCCUCUUAAUCAAAGGUCUACGGGUACCAACCAAGGAAAGUGGGCUGUGGCUCUUGUUUGUUCAUAUAUGAUGCAUCUUCUCCUUGUGAAUAGAUGACUGAUGAUAUAUUCAUCACAAGUGUGAAUUGGAGUAAAUAAUUGUUGUAUGUACUGUAUAGAAACCUUUCAUGGUAGUUUUGUACGUGUAUGGUAGCAGCACUUUGUAGCCUGGAGUCUGUAGUAUAUAUUAUGCAUAACACAGUUAAAUUAGCAUUAGAUUUUCUUCUACAUUUUAGUGAAGAGCAAAAUGUAUUUUCAUAUGAUUUCUGAUUAAUCUAUCUGUCAUAAUGCAUGCACUGCAACUCCUAGGUUUUUAACAUUGCCUGUCUAUGACUGUUAGUUUGUCUAGUUCAGUUUUUUAUGUUUUGCUGCUGGAGAAUUUGUUUGGCAUUUUUCCUGAUUAGCAAAUUUGCAGUGUGUCUUAGUGCAUGAAGCUGCAUAAUUUCACAACAGAAUGUUAUGGACUGUGGAAAUGGGGUUUUUCAGUACCGCCACUACUCUUUUUAAUUGGUUUACUUGUUUAAUAUAACAUUUUAGAUAAUGUUCUCUAUGUAUGCCUAUUUUAUAUAUUUUACAGAGUUCGAUCAAUGGCUUACGCAAAUCCUGAAUGCAGCAUAUAACUAAAACAGUUUUCCUUAAAAGGGCGUUCAGAAAUGCCUGCUGUAAACAGACCAUUUUCCCUCUGUUUAAUUAAGCACAGUAUUCCUUCCAUGAAUCCAUAUUUCUAUUGAUGUUUUGUGACUCUUUGAGCGUGAACUGUGUACUAUAAGGACCAAGUAACUGUGUUUACAUGUUUACAAAGAUAUUUAUUUAUUUAUUUAGGGUAACAGAGGUGCAGAUAUCAGUAAAGUGAAAUUAAGAGGAGGGAAUCUUACACAGAUUGCUAGUACACAACACUAGAAAAGAGUAGCUUUUCCUAUAUUGCCACUGAUGAUGAAGAAUGUUUUCUCUCUCUAUGCUGUUGCAAAGUUGUUCCAGUCAUUAUAAUGACUACUGGAUUUGGUGCUAUCUGUAAGUGGAAGGAGAAUGUCAAAUGGACGAUCUCAGCAAUCAAGAACACAGGCCCAGUUCUUUAACAAGGAAGCAUAACAGAGAAAUCCUGCUGUUUUCAGAUUGUGCAUAAUCUUUUCAAGAGGGGAGGUUAACAUUACCAUUCAACCAGUGUUCUGUAGGGAGUUUGUUUUAUCACCAUGGGAAGAGAACAUAACCAGAUAUCUGCUGCUAGAUAGGUAGUUUUGGUCACUUCGUUUCCUAACAAAUAAACCAAACCCCACACACUUAGGUUCCCAACUCCCACUCCUAAGCAGAACCUAGUUUGAAAGCAACCUCUCCUAUACUGUAAGAAAAAACUGGGCUUUUGCAUUCAUUGUUUUGUGACAUGAGUACUGGGAUGCUUCCAGAAAAAAAUGUCAUCUGGCAAACUGGGCAAAACAUUUUCUAUCUAGCCAAACAAAGUCUGCCCUCCAGUGUUAGUAAUCACUGGUGCAUGUUUUAUGAGCAUAUCUAACAUCAGGGUUAAGAGCAGAACCUUGCCAUAGAUCUGUUUAACAAAGUGAUUCAUCCCUAGAGUGACAAGCAGUUGAUAACUGUUCAUCUAGAACACUCAGGAGACAACAGCAAAAUGAGGUUCAUCUUAGCCUCCCUUUUUUACUCAGUUUGCAGCCUACAGAACACACCACUGGAGAAAAAAAAACUGAACAUCUGCAUUUCUAAAUAAAAGUGUAUUUGUCUAUAAUAUCAUUGUAUGAGCUGUAAAUGUUCAAAGCAUCUUUUAGCAUAAAACAGCAUAGUCACUUAAAUGAUUGUUGUAACCAAUGUAUGGCUGCUCAGUCGAUGAAUCAAUAUUGUGAUAUAUCUAUUUGACCCUAAUAAAUAAAGGUUUAUUGCAUACA